AUGUCUCUAUCUCAACUCCUUCACAUUCCCUCGCUGGAUGACAGUCUCGGCGCGGUGCUCCUCGGCAUUAUCCUAGGCUCCAUGCUGUAUGGAUUGACCGUACAUCAGACAUACAGAUACUUCAAGCUCUAUCCCAAGGAUGCGCUGUAUCUUAAGUCGCUCAUACUCGUAAUCCUUGUGUUCGAGACGCUACAUACCGUAGUGUGGAUUAUCGUCAUGUGA